AGAAAGAAGGCAUUGAUGGGCCGUGAAGCAUAAAAAGAGAAAAAAGGACAAAAGGGAAAGACGGAAAGAUUAAGGCGGGAGAGUUAGGAUUAAGAAGGAAGGCGAUGAGUUGAACCUCGGGAGGCAGACCAGAAGUCAGCAACUUCAGAAACACCAUUAAUGAAAUCCUUAAUCCUUGUUUUUGCUUUCUACCCAACAAAACGAACCAUCCAACGCUUAAAGAUAAGACGGAAUCCAAGAAAAAGUACACUCAAACGCAAACCAAUACGAUGCAAAUACAAUUCCACACCUAACAGAUAUCCAUUUUCUUGCACUCCAAAGCCUUUCUGCGCACAAUUCCCACUUCAAUUUCAAACUAAACCAACAAAACCCAACGUAAUCCUUCAUCCUUCCUUCCACCACUCCCUUUUCAGCCUCAAUCAUGGCGGAUCUGUACGGAACUUCCCCUUCAUCGGAUGUUGUUGCUUUGCCUCAUGACCCAGAAGGUUUCUCUUCCUUCAUCAAUCCCCACCUUCAAACCAACACUUCUUCUGCUUCUUCCCCUUCUUUCGUUUCCUUCAAGAACAAGUUCACGCCCUUGUUGCAUUCUCAACCUCCUUGGCACUCUUCCUCGUUGUUUUCGCGGCGCCCGGAAUCCACCUCCGUCGCCGGAGUGUCCUGCAUGCUCGAUUCUCCGGAGGAUUGGCUUCAGUCGAGUCGUGCUUUGAACCACGCUUUGUCGGAUUGUAGUGUUAGGGAUGUGAGAUUUUCCGAUGCUCCAUUUUUAGCUAUGAACUCCACUUGCGGCGGCGUGAAAUUGUCGGAUCCUGGGGAUUUCGUCAAAGAAAGUUCGGACAACGCGUUUUCUUCCUCCGGCGCGGUGGAUUCCGAUACGAAUGCGCCACUGAAGAGAAGGGAUCUUUCAUCUGAAAAUGAUCCUGGGGAUUUCAGUUGUGAUAGCGAGGGUGCGGAUGUGCCAGAAGUUCCGUUCGGUACUGAUCUGCCUCGAAGUUCGUCGAAGAGAAGUAGAAGCGCUGAGGUCCAUAACAUGUCGGAGAAGAGACGAAGAAGGAGGAUCAACGAGAAAAUGAAAGCCCUUCAGAACUUAAUUCCCAAUUCGAACAAGACGGACAAAGCUUCAAUGUUGGAUGAAGCAAUUGAGUAUUUGAAGCAGCUUCAACUUCAAGUCCAGAUGUUAUCAAUGAGAAAUGGGUUGAGUUUGCUACCAGUGUGCUUGCCAGGAAAGCUGCAGCCAAUUCAACUACCUCAGAUGGGGUUGGACUUGGACGUAGGAAAUGCAUUUCUAAUGUCCAGAAGAGGAAUAGACACGUCGUUUACUGGGAACGAAGGGCGUCCCAUGCAAUCUACGUUCAAUCUCUCCAACAAAUGUAACCUUUCAGAUCAGUCAAUUGCCAUCCCUUCCGCACCAAACACGACAACUUCAGAAAUGGCAUUCGGUUUUGAACCCACGAUACAGGCUUACGGAGGGGAGUUUGAGCUUUCCUCCGAUUUCAAGGAUGUCCAAGCAGCCGUGCAGUUAGAUUGCGCUCGGACAGGGAAGGACUCGUCUUAGUUGCGAUCGGGUGCAGGAUGCUACUCUCUAGAGUAUGGUCUUUAAACGAAGCAAUUUCCUUACUUUCCUUGUUGGAUGUUCUACUACAAACAUUACAGAAACGGCAUAAUAUUGUAUUGUCACACUUACUAGAAAUGUAUUGUAGAACAGGUUAACAACAUAAUCUUGAGAUGUUUAUGUUUCGAGUGUUUAUAUUGGAAAAGUAUUAAAUAGGCAAUCAUAGAAUGCAGAAACUGUAUGCGAAAAAGAAAGGUGAUAAGAAGAAGAAGGUGGGUAAUGUUCUUCCUUACCAAUUUGAAGCUGUAUCUGGGCAGGCAAGGCAGGUGAUGUGAAGUAGAGCAAUAAUUUUGGGUUGUAAUGCUGUCAAGAAAACGAAACAAAAAAUGUGGCGUCUCUUUGGAGAUAAAUAUCAAUUCAACUUCGUUCAUGUGCC